GGAGGAGGAGGAGGAGGAGGAGGAGGAGGAGGAGGAGGCAAGGACAGGAAGAACAUUGACAUACACCCCCUUUCUCAUAGUAAAAAAGCUCAGAGGACCCUCACAGAAGGAAAUGCUGUAAAAGGGAAUGUCUUUGUGAACCCCUGGCUCUGCCCGUGGAAUGUUCCCUGGCUCCAUGAUCCUGGGUUUCAGGAAGCCUGUCUGGCCUUCAGAGGAGCCAGAAAGGGUUCUAGAGCAGCCCUGAGGGCAAGCUGGUGGUGGCAACUGUUCCCCAGCCCUGAUGACCGUAGGUGGCUCCAACAGCAUCCUCAUCCCACCCAGUUUCUCUGCCAAGUCCUCAGAGAGUGGGAGAGGAAUCCACCUGCUUCUCCCUGAAGGUAGCCAAGACCGGGACACUGGGGGAUCUUAGGGAGCAUCUGAAGCCCUGGGAGCUUUGGGGAGGUAGAUUUCUGUGGUUUGGGGCAAGGGUUUCACACGGUACAGGACUGAAAGCAGAGACUGCCAGAGGCUGAGGUUUGAGGAGGGAGGUGUGACCAGCUUCUUGGUGAAAGCUGGGGUGUGCACCAAUCUGGUCCAACCUAGACCUCGAUUAGCCCCAAUCCUGCUUUCUCAACCUCCCUUGAGUGACCGCUAAGCCUCUUCCCUCUGGAGGCGGAGCCACGGUGCACUCUGAACAGCUUAAAACCCUAAGGCCCGAGUCUGGUGUGGGCAACAGCCCUGGCAUGGCCCUCUGGCUCCUCGCCCUGUGCCAGCUCCAUGGCCGGUCCUGUGGAGGCAUCUCCAGGCUGUGGGUUGGGUCCCCAUCGGAGAAAGAGGACCACCUUCAGCGUUGGGCAGUUGCUGGAGCUGGAACGGGUAUUUGCAGCUAGGCCCUAUCCUGACAUCAGUACUCGUGAGCACCUGGCCCAGGUGACUCACCUGCCUGAAGCCAAGAUCCAGGUGUGGUUCCAGAACCGCCGAGCCAAGAGACUCAAGAGCAGAAAGCCAGGAGCCCUAAACCCUAGCCUGGAGCUUCCUCCCAACUCCUGUUGUCUUCCAGACACCCCCCAGCAGCCCUGGGACCCCGGAACACCAGGCCAGCUUCUACACUCCACCAGCUCUGCUCAGCAUGCUUCAGCAUGCCCACAGACCUCCUGUGUAGCUCCCAGCUUGGGUCCAGGGCAGAGCUGGGCAGGGGCUAAAGCUGCAGCCUCAUGGGGGCCAAGUGGGGCUUCAGGGGUUCACCCUUCUUUAGAGCAAAUUGUUCCUCAGACUUCACUGGACAGCCUGUCUGACCUUAUCUAUACCUCAGCCAUUGUCACCAAUGUAGAUCACUCCUAAUUUGGGUGUAGAGCUUGUAAGUUUGGCUCUGGCUCUUGUAGCCCAUUCCAUCUCUCCUGGGAUGGAGCACAUAAGAGAACCCUGCCUCUUUUUACAUAGGAGUGUUCUCUAACAGAGUUUAGCUCAGAGACCCACCCCUCCACUCCCAACCUCCAGCAACCUAGUUGAAGGUCCUGUGCAGGGAUUAGAGUCUAGCUCCUACCACCCAGCGCCCUGGUCAUUUCUGGGGCAUAUGCCCAUUGUCUCAUCAGGAGGUACUGUCAAGGUAAGGGACCAUGUUGUCAACCUCUAUUGCCGGGCUUGGGUCCCCAACUCCUACUGUCUUAGUUGAUGAUCCCUUUCCUCUGAGGGGGCAGCCACCAGUCUGAGGGCCCUGCCAGGACCUUACCUAUGUGCCAGGGGAAGGGUACUGCUCCUAAGCUGGACUGCUGGGACACCCACCCUUUCAUGGUUCAGGGCCCCAUUGCCUGACUUCCUGCCACCUGGACAAAUUAAUCAGAACUUUGGAUUUGGAGAGAGAGUGAUAUUAACAUUACAGAAAUAGAAGCCCUGGUCUUAGGUUGAUUGAAUUUCCCCAAAGAUCAGAUUGGCUGUCCUCUGAUGUAGGCUGUGGGAACAACCUGACAGAUCUGGGGAGGGGGUGUGGUAGCCUUGGGUUUUCCUAUCACUGGCAUCUGUAAUACCAACUAAUCUCCAAAUAAAACAAAA